AGCCGGAGAGCCAGGCGCUCCGCCCGCCCGCCCUUGCCAAGCCUUUCCCCGGCACGGCGGGAGCAGUAGCAGCGAUCGCCGCCUCCGCCUGAGCCUGGCUUGCCGAGCGCCCCGCUGGGCAACUCCUCGCCCUGGGUCGGGGCGGACAGAGCUCGGCGGGGGAGCCCCUGAGCCCCAGGCUCCCUCCCGCGAAGAUGCUGAACUCGUGGCAGCGCGCAGAGGCGAAGGAGGGAUGCCGCCGCUCCUCCUCCUGAUGAGUUUGACUGUAGGUGCCGAAGCUUGGCUCGCGGGAGCAUAAAAAUGCUGAAGGGUGUUUGGUUGCUCAGUGUGUUCACAGUGGCUGGGAUCUCGCAGACGGAGAGCCGCAAACCUGCCAAAGACAUUUGCAGCAAGAGCCGCUGCCCUUGCGAGGAGAAGGAGAACGUGCUGAAUAUUAAUUGCGAAAACAAGGGAUUUACAACCGUCAGCCUCCUCUUGCCACCCCCUUCCAAGAUCUACCAGCUCUUCCUCAAUGGCAAUGCCUUUACGCGCCUCUUCCCCAACGAGUUCGUCAAUUAUUCCAACGCCGUGACACUGCACCUGGGCAAUAACGACAUGAUAGAGAUCCGAACUGGGGCCUUCAUAGGUCUUCGGACCCUGAAGAGGCUACACCUCAAUAAUAACAAAUUGGAAAUCUUAAGAGAGGACACUUUCUUAGGCCUGGAGAGCCUGGAGUACUUACAAGCAGACUACAACUACAUCAGUGCCAUCGAGGCUGGGGCUUUCAGCAAGCUCAACAAGCUGAAAGUAUUGAUCCUCAAUGACAAUCUGCUGUUGUCACUGCCUAGCAAUGUGUUCCGUUUUGUCCUGUUGACUCACCUGGACCUUAGAGGGAAUAGGUUGAAGAUGAUGCCUUUUGCUGGGGUCUUGGAGCACAUUGGAGGCAUCAUGGAGAUCCAGCUAGAGGAGAAUCCAUGGAACUGCACCUGUGACCUUCUGCCUCUCAAAGCUUGGCUAGACACCAUCACUGUCUUUGUGGGAGAGAUUGUUUGUGAAACUCCUUUCAGAUUGCAUGGCAAAGAUGUCACCCAACUCACAAGGCAAGAUCUCUGUCCUCGGAAGAGUGCAGGCGAUUCUAACCAGAGGGAGAAGCACCCUGCCCACUCAGACACACAUGUUCAGAGAUUCCCCCCAACAGUUAAUUCGGCCGUUGGAGCCACAAGGGCCCCCAAAGCCAGCCGCCCACCUAAAACAAGGAAUCGCCCAACGCCCAGGGUCACAGUGUCAAAAGACAGGCAGAUAUUUGGACCAAUCAUGGUUUACCAGACCAAAUCCCCUGUGCCACUCACUUGCCCGACAGGCUGCGUCUGCACUUCUCAAAGCUCUGACAAUGGCUUGAAUGUCAACUGUCAAGAGAAAAAAAUAGGCAACAUCUCUGAUCUCCACCCUCGACCCACAAGUCCAAAGAAACUCUAUCUUACCAGUAAUUACUUGCAAACGAUUUACAAAACAGAUCUCUUGGAGUACAGCUCACUGGACUUGUUGCAUUUGGGCAACAACAGGAUUGCAGUGAUCCAAGAAGGUGCCUUUUCAAACCUCACCAGUUUGCGGCGACUGUAUCUCAAUGGCAAUUACCUUGAGAUUCUGAACCCUUCCAUGUUCGAAGGGCUACACAGCUUGCAGUACCUCUAUUUAGAGUAUAAUGUGAUCAAGGAUAUCCUGCCGCACACCUUUGAUGCUUUGGGGAACCUCCAUCUAUUAUUUCUGAACAACAACCUGCUGAGAUCUUUGCCUGACAAUGUGUUCGAGGGCACCACUCUGACCAGACUUAACCUGAGGAACAACCAUUUCUCUUAUUUGCCUGUGCGAGGAGUCCUUGACCAGCUGUCAGCUCUGAUUCAGAUUGACCUUCAAGAAAACCCUUGGGAUUGUACUUGUGACAUCAUGGGGCUGAGGAACUGGAUUGAGCGAGUCACGGAGCAAAACGCCCAGCAAUCAGGACCCCCUGUUGUUAUCAAUGAGGUGAUCUGUGAUUCACCAGCUAAGCAUGCUGGAGAGCACCUAAAGUCCCUGAGCAAGGAAGCCAUCUGCCCUGAGAACCCAAAUCGGCUAGAUUUUUCUCCAUUGUCUCCAGUUCUGAAUACAGAUGCACCACAUGCCUUCAGUGUUUUUCCUAGUUCUUAUCCAGAAAUGCACACCGAAGUCCCACUCUCUGUCUUAAUUCUGGGCCUGCUGGUUGUGUUUAUUUUGUCAGUCUGUUUUGGGGCUGGCCUGUUUGUCUUUGUUCUCAAACGCCGGAAGGGCAUGCCAAGUGUGCCCAGCAGUGCCAACAACCUAGACGUAAGUUCGUUCCAGUUGCAGUACGGGUGUUACAACAGCGAGACGCACGAUAAAACCGAAGGGCAUGUGUAUAAUUACAUCCCACCUCCAGUUGGCCAGAUGUGCCAAAAUCCUAUCUACAUGCAGAAGGAAGGAGACCCGGUGGCUUACUAUAGGAACCUCCACGAAUACAGCUAUAGCAAUCUUGAACCUAAAAAAGAGGAAUCGGCCAGCCUAGCAUUCACAAUCACUGCAGCAGAAAUGCUGGAGAAACAGACCUUUUCAAGGGAACCUGAGCUGUUGUAUCAAAACAUUGUAGAGAGGGUGAAAGAGCUGCCAAGUGGAAGCCUCGUCCAUUAUAACUUUUGCACCCUGCCCAAACGACAGUUUGCCCCUUCCUACGAAUCGAGACGACAAAACCAGGACAGGCUAAAUAAAACGGUUUUGUACGGGACUCCUAGAAAAUAUUUUGCAGAUCAGUCAAAACCUGAGCUUCCUUUGCUGCAAGGAAAACUACAGACCGAACCAGACUACCUCGAAGUUCUGGAAAAACAAACAGCUAUUAGUCAGCUGUGAAGGAGGAAGGGCCCAGGCUGGGAGGGAUGAGGAAUAUUUACUGCGGGAGAAAAAUCAUUUUAAAAAAUAACUAACCAGAUUCUGAACUUGACAGAGAAAUAUGAUAUCUCACAUCCUUAGAGUUCCCACAUCUUAAAUUCUGGCAUAAUUAUGAGUGAUGGGUGCUUUUUUCUAUGUUCCCUUUAAAUUAUUUCUUACAUUUUCUCCUAUAGUCCUUUAGGAACUGUUUCUACAAAUGAAUGUUACUACAAGAGAGCUUAUUUAAAUACCUUCUUUUCUGGGGGAGGAAGGUGGUAGAAGGAUGUCAGGAGAAGUCUCUUUCUGUCUAGCUCUCUAUCCCUCCCUUCCCCCAUUUAAAAGGUGAAAAUGAUGUAUUAAAUAGGUAACAUCCAAAUAUUCUCUCCCUGCCAGAUUAGAACCUUCUCUUCUCCCUUUCUGUAAAUAAUAUUGUCCGUGCAGCUCUUUCAAUUUCCAUGUAUAGCCACUGGGCGUCACCUUUUUUUGUGUGUGUGUUAAAGUGCCUUCGCACUUGGAGUACGUUAUUACUUAAUUGUCGCGCUUAGCUUUGAUAAAUUUGAAUCUAUUUUAAUGUGUUGUAUUUUUUGAAAUUAAAAAAAAAUGUAAACUAGAUCACUAUGUCAACUGCAUUCAAUCCGACAGAGGCUGUUGCAAAGCUAGCAGCAAAAUUUGCCCACCUUUAAGUGAGCUUAGUUCUUCUAAGACUUUUAAUGCACUGAAUUGUAAUUUGUAUAAUUUCCCCCCUCCCUGUACCUGAUACCUUUUCUCCAGUUUCUGGCCUUGUUUUACAUGAAACCUUGAAAUCAACUAAGACUUCAUAACGGACUGGGUACCUGGCUGCCUCACUUGCAAAUAAUAGUUUUGUUUUUUAUAAAGACAUUGAAUAUGAAAUCUAAGCACCCUGUUCAUCCAAUGUUCUACCUUCAUUGUGCUGCAGCAUUUAACAUCAUCAGUAAUGUUCAAUGGUUAUCUGGUUACUCACCUAGUUAAAAAGAACAUUACCUGUAAUAUAUAUUUUCUGCAUUAAAAAUUAGAUAUUUUUUA